AUGGAUUUCCUCAAAUCCGCCGUCGCAUCUGCAAUCGCGAAAGGAAGCUCCUUCCCCUACUCGCUCGGUGACAGAGUCGAUAUUUCUGAUUCGAUAUGGACGCUUCAUAAUGCUACGAAACGGGAUGACGGCUCGGCAUGCAGUGUUUUCACAUUCGAUAUUGCUUCUAAUAAGUCUCGUCUACCCCUGGCGAAGAACGCGGUGCGGAAAUCACGAACGUUACGACAUCCUGGUGUUAUUAAAGUCUUGGAUACUAUCGAGACAGAAGCCAGCCUUUAUAUUAUCACCGAGAGAGUCGUCCCCCUAUCGUGGCAUGUGAAGCGGAGGAGUUUGAGUGAGGAGACCUCUAAAUGGGGACUGCAUACAGUGGCGUCCACACUUAAGUUCAUAAAUGAAGAUGCUUCGUCUGUCCACGGAGUCGUGAGAGCUUCGUCAGUAUUCACUAGUGAAAGUGGCGAGUGGAAGCUAGGGGGUUUCGAUGUGUUAAGUUCAAUGAAUGAUGAACAUGCAAUUAUAUACACAUAUGCCAGUCUUGUACCGGACGCAGCUCGGUAUACACCUCCAGAGGUUGUCAAAGGCGGAUGGGAUACUAUCAAGCGCCACCCACUAACGGCUGUCGAUGCCUAUGGACUUGGCAUCCUAAUCUAUGAAGUCUUCAAUGGUGGCUUCAUGGGAGGAGACCAGGUGGGCAGAACAACGAAUAUCCCACCAACUAUGCAAGCAAGCUACAAGCGUCUUUGCACGGCGAACCCCAAGCUGCGACUCAGUCCGGGACACUUUGUGGAACAGGGAAAGAAGCAUGGCGGCUUCUUCCAGACACCGUUGAUCAGGUUGACAGACGAUAUAGAGAGCCUGGGCCUCAAGAAUGAUGCCGAGCGGGAAGAGUUCAUCAAUGAGCUUGAUGGACUUACCGAGGACUUCCCCGAAGAAUUCUUCAAAAUGAAAGUGCUUCCAGAGCUGUUGAAAUCUGUUGAAUUCGGUGGAGGUGGUCCCAAGGUUCUAGGUGCCAUAAUCAAGAUUGGGUCCAAAUUAUCAUCAGAGGAAUUCAAUUCAAGACUGACACCUGUCAUUGUGCGCCUGUUUGCCAAUCCUGACCGAGCGCUACGGGUUUGUCUGUUGGACCAUUUACCAUUGAUGAUUGACAAUCUUCCACAAAAGAUUGUAAAUGACAAAAUCUUCCCGCAGAUGACUUCUGGGUUCACUGACAUUGCACCCGUUGUUCGAGAACAAACCGUUAAAGCCGUCCUGGCGGUCAUUGACAAAUUGAGUGAUCGGACUAUCAAUGGAGACCUGUUGAAAUUCCUGGCUCGGACUGCAAAUGACGAGCAACCAGGGAUUCGUACAAACACUACUAUAUGCUUAGGGAAAAUCGCGAAAAACUUAGGACAAAGCUCCAGAUCCAAGGUUCUUAUUGCUGCAUUUUCAAGAUCGCUACGCGAUCCGUUUGUACAUGCCCGUAAUGCGGGCUUGUUGUCGUUGGCUGCCACUAUGGAAUUCUUUACCGAGGAGGAUUGCGCCACGAAAGUUCUUCCCGCCAUAUGCCCUUCUCUCCUUGACAAGGAAAAGAUGAUCCGGGAUCAGGCGAACAAGACACUCGACGUUUAUCUCCAACGGAUACGUAAAUUCGGCAGCACUAUGCCGGAAACUGUGCUGUCUCCUUCCACCAGCUCAGACGCUCCCAAGGACGAUGCUCGUAUUGGAACGUCCAAUGAUAAGUCCUGGGCAGGCUGGGCGAUCUCCUCAUUUACAAACAAGCUUACCGCGGCGAAUGGUGUGAUUGAGCCAUCUGCGAAUGGCGCUAAGCCGGUCGAAGCCGAGCCAGCCCGCUCCGCAUCCGUGCCACGUCCGUCGAAGCCGUCGCCCUCGGCGCAGCUUGAUUUGCCAAAGGUGGCUCCACGCCCUGCAGCACAGCCCCUAGGCCACCGCUCAAUGUCAGAGCAGGUCGUUCCGAUCACCAAUGAAGUCGAUGAACCGGAUGACGUGUACGACGCAUGGGGUGCCAUGGACGAUGAAGACGGGGAGAAGGCAGAUGAUUUAUUCAGCCCUGCCGCAACCACAGUUUCCUCCACUGUGUCUGCACCGGCGUCCAAGCCUGCCCCUGUGCCCUACGACGAUGGAGGCGAGCCGGACUUCGCCGGUUGGCUUGCGGCACAGUCCAAGGCAAAGAAAACUCUACCCAAGGGCUUGAGCAAGACUACUUCCGCGGCAUCCUCGGCUCGGAGCGCCAGUCGCAAUAGUACGACUAAGCCCAAGACGGUGGCUCCAGUCAAAAAGAUUGAAACCAAACCCAAAGAGGAGGACCUAGACGAUUGGGGGGAUGCUUGGGAUUGA